GAAAAAAAUGCGCAUGCGCAUUGUACUGGUCUCCAUGGCGGGGCCUCGGAGCCAAGACGAGAAAAAAUGCUGCUGUGAAGAUAUAAUCAUAGCUUUCACAUAAGUGAAACUACAACUAUCAUGAUUUAGAACCCUCCUGAGGAAGAACUUCAGUGGAGAAGAGAGGGCUUUUCUGGGGUAGUAAAAUGCUUGAGGCCUGGAAUUUAAACUUGAGCCACUGCCUGAAGCCUUAAAUAACAGAAGAAAAUGGAAUUCAAUAUUACAUCAAUAUGGACCAGUCUAAUACAAUAAGAGUCAACCAUAAUGAUUCCAAAGAAGCAAAAACCGAUCCUCAGGUAUUUAAGCAACAGCUAACUUGUAUGGACUCCAGAGAUCCUUCUUUUGGACAAACUAGUUCUAGAAUUUUACCCGUCACUAAUCAUGAAGCAGAUGAUUCACUCACAUCACAGAAUAUACCAGGACCCCUGAGUCCAGCACAAACUCUUUCUACAGAGGAGUUCCAUCUGGUGGAUCAACACGGGCAGCCUGUUCAAUAUGAACUUCACCCAGUGGGGGAUUCUAGUGCAGAAAUGAUGAUUGUUGCUAGCCCAUCAGAAAAUGGGCAGGUACUUCGAGUGAUUCCAUCUACCCAAACAGAAAUGAGACAAGUGAUUAUACCUCAAGGGCAGCUUGUGGAUGUGAAUACUCCUCUGGAUAUCUCUGAAGACAGACCCAGUGACAGAAACUUAUCAACUGUAAGAGUGGAUUCUGUAGAAGACAACACCAGUAGUUACAUUCUUCCUCCACAAGCACCUCUAACAUUGCCCAAAAAGACAGUCACCAGAAUGCUGGAAGAACCCUUCUUGUCUCCUCUCCAGUCACUUUCUUCUAACACACCUAUAUGGGCCUGCAGGCUCCGGAGCUGUGAGAGAAUUGGAGAUUCAUAUCGUGGCUACUGUGUAAGUGAGACCGAAUUAGAAAGUGUUCUAACAUUUCACAAGCAGCAAACACAGAGUGUUUGGGGGACCCGCCAAUCUCCAAGCCCAGCCAAGCCAGCUACACGCUUGAUGUGGAAAUCCCAGUAUGUCCCAUACGAUGGAAUUCCAUUUGUCAAUGCAGGGAGUAGAGCGGUGGUAAUGGAGUGUCAGUAUGGGCCAAGGAGGAAAGGUUUCCAACUAAAAAAGAUCAGUGAACAGGAGAACAGGUCUUGUCCACUCUACAAAGCCACUUGUCCGGCUCGAAUUUAUAUAAAAAAGGUACAGAAAUUUCCUGAAUAUAGAGUUUCUACAGACCCCAAAGUUGACAAGAAAAUAAUCCGAAUGGAGCAGGAAAAAGCCUUCAACAUGCUAAAGAAGAACAUAGUUGAUGCCGGUGGCGUUCUUAGGUGGUAUGUACAGUUACCUACACAGCAAGCUCAUCAGUAUCACGAAUUAGAGCCUCCUUGCCGCCCUCCAUCACCUACUCCUUUUCCUGUGUCUUCUCUUGAAGAAGAGGAAGCUGCAGUUAGAGAUGAAAACUGUGCUUUACCCUCACGUCUACAUCCACAAGUAGCUCAUAAGAUUCAGGAAUUAGUAUCACAGGGAAUAGAGCAAGUGUAUGCAGUAAGGAAACAGUUAAGGAAAUUUGUGGAAAGAGAACUGUUCAAACCUGAUGAAGUACCUGAAAGACACAAUUUAUCCUUUUUUCCAACUGUAAAUGAUAUAAAAAACCACAUCCACGAGGUACAGAAAUCCUUGAAAAAUGGAGAAAAUGUAUAUAACUCAGACAUUAUUCCAGCAACACUUCAGUGGACCACAGACAGUGGGAAUAUUCUCAGAGAAACUGUGACAGUAACAUUCGCAGAAGGAAAUUCACCAGGAGAACCAAUUACCAACAAAGUAGAAACAAAUCAGACACGGGGGUCUUUGUCUCCAGAGUCAACACACUUGCUUUCUUCUCUUUCCUCAUUUCAGCCUAAAAUAUUUACACAGCUCCAGGGUUUACAGUUGCACCCAAGAUUCGCCUCUCCUGAUGGGUCACCACCUCUGAUAUCAGUAAAUAAUCACCCCUCCUCCAGCCCUUCAAGACUUCUGAAUUCAAUAGGAAGUGCUAUAAUGAAUAAUAAUCAACUACUGCUUGGUCAGAGUCAUAGCCUUCAAACAGAUCCAUGCCUAACCCCAAACAAUACUACUACCUCUACUAUGGAUAACCUUCCAGGACCAGCUCAAAAUCUAGUUGCAAUGGAUCAGUUGGUGGAAGUGGAAGACAUUGAGGAUGCAGAAAACCUCGGAGGGAGUGUUCAUCAGAUUCUGUUGGGAGAGGUGCAGACCAUUCCAAUACAGAUUAUAGACAACCACCCAGCUCUUAUUGAAGAAAAUUCAGAAGGUGCCAUUUCUGUGAACCAAGUUAAGCAAGAACCCAAAGAAUCUGUUUUGUCUAUGGAAGCAAAAAAAUUGGACUGUAAGAAGUUACCUGCUACAUAACUUAUUGAAACUUUUUGUAAUUUACAACUCUGAUGUCUUAGAAAAGAAGGUAGAAACUGGAACUAUCAGUAUUUUCAUGUAAGUAUUUCAAUGAGUAGCUCUUUAACAAUGGUUUCUAAAUUAGUUUUAAACAAUUUAUUUGUCAUCUAGAUGCAUGUUUAGUUACAAUAUACCAGUAUCAUAUUUUAAAGGUGCUUUGUUUAAAAUGUAUAUUUACAUAUUUUAAAUAUACAACUAUUUUUUAAAUGCAAAAGUGCAUUACACCUUUUUUCCCUGGUAUCUAUCUUUGGCAUUCUCCUAAAAACUCUACAACAAAGUCUGACAAAUGCUCAUUUGUGUCAUAUAUUACAAGAUGUGUUAUCUGUAGUAGUGAGUUGGACAUUAAAAUAAGCAAUCAGAAAUGCUUAACUAUAACUGAGUUUAUAUCUUCUUAGUAGUUUUCAUGUCCCAAGCCUCUGAGUGAACUCUGUAUAUACCUAGACCUAUAUAAUGAAAAACACAGCCAUGUGGACCUUUCUCUCAGUGGUGAUUUUCAAUGUGAUCAGGCAACAUAUGUAAAAAAUAAAGCUUUUCUGUCCUACAUAAGAUAAAUGUUUUCUAAAACUCAAAAAUUUUUAAAAAUUUUUGGAAUUUGAUCUUGCAUUAGAGCUUCUAAUUUUUAGACUGACUUACCAGCUUGUGUUUUUAUAUAUAUGUAUAUUGUCAAAAUACAAUUAAUCAUGUAAGUAUGACAAACAUAUUUAAAAAGUUUUUAAAUAUCUGUGUAUAUAUUACAAUUUAAUGUACAGUGUCCUUGUUAUAAUGUAUUUUUUUCAUUAAAAAUUUUGUGUAAUUUUUCUUAAA